AUGUCUAACAGCAGCUCCAUCAGGCACUUCCUCCUGCUGGCAUUGGCAGACACGCGGCAGCUGCAGCUCCUGCACUUCUGCCUCUUGCUGGGCAUCUCCCUGGCUGCCCUCCUGGGCAACGGCCUCAUCAUCAGCGCCGUAGCCUGCGGCCACCACCUGCACACGCCCAUGUUCUUCUUCCUGCUCAACCUGGCCCUCAGCGACCUGGGCUCCAUCUGCACCACUGUCCCCAAAGCCAUGCACAAUUCCCUCUGGGACACCAGGGACAUCUCCUAUGAAGGAUGUGCUGCACAGCUCUUUCUGUUUCUCUUCUUCAUUUCAGCAGAGUAUUUUCUCCUGUCCAUCAUGUGCUACGACCGCUAUGUGUCCAUCUGCAAACCCCUGCACUACGGGACCCUCCUGGGCAGCAGAGCUUGUGCCCACAUGGCAGCAGCUGCCUGGGCCAGUGCCUUUCUCAAUGCUCUCAUCCACACAGCCAACACAUUUUCCCUGCCCCUGUGCCAUGGCAAUGCCCUGGGCCAGUUCUUCUGUGAAAUCCCACAGAUCCUCAAGCUCUCCUGCUCACACUUCUACUUCAGGGAAGUUGGGGUUUCUGUUUUCACUACCUUGUUAGCAUUUGGCUGUUUUGUGUUCAUUGUUUUCUCCUAUGUGCAGAUCUUCAGGGCUGUGCUGAGGAUCCCAUCUGAGCAGGGACAGCACAAAGCCUUUUCCACCUGCAUCCCUCACCUGGCUGUGGUCUCCCUAUUUGUCAGCACCUCAUUUUUUGCCUACAUGAAGCCCCCCUCCAUUUCCUCCCCAUCCCUGGAUUUGACAGUGUCAGUUCUGUACUCGGUGGUGCCUCCAGCCCUGAAUCCCCUCAUCUACAGCCUGAGGAACCAGGAGCUAAAGGCUUCAGUGUGGAGACUGAUGACUGGAUGGUUACAGAGACAUUAAAAUGCUUGGCAGUUUCUGUAAGUCACUUGUAAUAAAAUCAUCUUUAAUGGGUCUUAUUCAGUUUGGUGGUUUGUUUGUUCUUUUAUUUCCAUUGUUUUUGUUUUUAAUAUUGUACACAAAAAAAAUGCCAAUAUUUGGUGCCAUUUUUGAUAUUGUUUCUCUCCAGCUUUGCUGUCACCGACACACUGUGUCAAUGAGGGGUUGUGCCCUUGAUGGCUUCAAGUGUACUAAUGGAUCUCCCAGCAGAGU